AUGUAUCUACCGCGCCAUCUGAUCUCGCACCUCUACCUCCAACUCCUCCAGUCGCACCACCCGCUCUCGCCGCCCGUCCUGAUCCUCGUGGCACUGGAGCCCGACGCCCUCUGCGCCUGUCGCAUCCUCACCGCCCUCCUCAAACGCGACUACAUCCCGCACAAGAUCCAGCCUGUCGCCGGUUAUGGCGACCUUGCGCGCGCCGGCGAGGAGCUCGUCAAGCCCAUGCAGACCACCCAUGGCGGCAGCGGCGGCGUCGUCGUCUGUCUCGGCGUCGGCGGGCUCGUCGACCUCAGUGAGAUCCUCGCCCUGACCAGCCCCGACGACGAGGUCGAGGACAUGGGCGGCGUUGAAGUCUGGGUCUUUGACGCACGUCGGCCCUGGAACCUGGCGAAUGUGUAUGGCGGCGAGGCUGCGGCGGACCACCGGACCCUCGCCGAGAUCGACCCCAAUGCGCGUCGGAAAACGCGUGGUGUCGACAAGGGGUGUAUCACGCCAUCGUAUAAGGCGGGUGGUGGGGGGAUCGUGGUUUACGACGAUGGUGAUAUCGAGGAGGAAAUGGGCCGAGAACGCGAGGCGUAUUGUGCCCUGCUGGAGAUGCCAGAGGUCGAGGAGGAGGACGACGACUUGGAGAGCGACGGCUCUGCAGACGAGAAUGAUGACGCGGAUAAUCCGCCCAGCUCGGACUCCAGGAAACGCAAGUCGUGGCAUGAAGAGGAGGACGCUUCUGAUGAGGAAGAUGAGCCGCCGCGUCAGCGGAGACGAAGCAAUUCGGGAUCUUCGCUCGCCUCGUCCCCGACUCGUCACAGGAGGAGACCCCAUGAUUCUUCCAACUCGUCUCGCUCGGUCACCCCUACGUCCGAUUCCCCGUCGCCUGCUUUGCCGAGACAGCCGUCAGCGCGUUCGCUGAGACGGCGACUCCUGCGGCUGAAGAGGAAGCACGAGGCUGUGCUACAGAGAUACUAUGCUUCGGGGACUUCGUACUCGGAGCCGAUCUCGUCCUUGGUGUACUCUCUUGCGUCGGAACUGGGCCGCGAAGACAACGAUCUACUCUGGUUGGCUAUCGUCGGUGUGUCCAGCCUGGAACUCAGCGGCCGAACCAUGUCCGGCGUUGGCAUCUCCAACGCGUCAGAGUCUGGAGGAUCUGCGGGCUGGGGCGGCGAACGAGGCGAGCGAAUACGUCAGAUAUUACGGGACGAAGUCCACCGGUUGAAUCCCCCGGACCCAAAUGACCGAGAUCGCGAUAUCCGCGCCGAAAUCACGGGGGUCAUACCCACGACGGCCAAGUCGCCGACCGACAAAUCGAUACGAAUAUCCCCCGAGCCGCGCUUCAUCCUUGUACGGCACUGGUCACUGUACGACAGCAUGCUUCACAGCCCCUACCUGGCAUCGAGACUGCGCGUCUGGACGGAGAACGGCCGGAAACGACUACACAAACUGCUUGCAAAGAUGGGAAUCAGUCUGAGUCAGUGCCACCAGAACUACACUCAUAUGGAUAUGGAGUUGAAGAGAGUGCUACGACAACGGUUACUCAAGUACGCACCGAUGUACGGCCUGGAUGGUCUGGUGCCCCCCGAGGCGUCUGGACAUGCUGCUUCUCGCGAGGGAUGGGGCUUCGUCCGCUGCUGGGGCUGGAAGGCGUGUCUGUCUGCGACGGAUGUCGGGGUGAUCAUCGGGGCCAUUCUCGAAGUUGGCCCAGAAGAGGCUCCUGGCGCGUGGGAUAACAAGCGUCUGGCGCGACCAGCACCGGAGACCCGUGCUGAGGGGUCAACUGAGUCGGAUUUGUCCAGUCUGCUCCCCCGAUUCUGGAGUGCGUAUGAUGCGUUAUCACUCACUUCCGAAUCGCCAACGCUUCUCCAAGAAGCACUUCCUCUCGCGCAACACCUCCAUCGUGCCAUUCUCCGCACCGGUACGUCAUUGCUCUCCAAACAUCAGAUUCGGCACUUGCGGGCCUUUCGCAUUGCAGUGGUCAAGGAUGGCCCCGAUGUCAAGCUGUUCACGAACCCCGGCGCACUCACCAAGCUUGCCCUUUGGAUUGCGGAAGCCAUUCGGGUCCAGGAGCGGGAACGGGGCGAUUCUAAGGUCGGCUCAAAACGUGCGGCGGGCACCCCGUUGGUCCUCGCAGGGCUCGACGAAGACAGAGGUUUGUAUGUCGUCGUGGUUACCGGUGGCGGCGGCGGCGUGAUCGACUUUGCUGCGCUGUCCAAGCGUCGGGAAGAGCGCCGAAAGAAAAAGGAAGCCAAAGAGAAGAAGCGGCAGGAAAAGGAAGAGCGUCGAGCGAAGCGCGCCGCCGAACGAGCCGAACGCGAGGAGGACGAUCAAGAGGAAGACGAUGAGACCGAAGAGGAGUCGUCCGAGUCAGAAUCGGACUCGGAGGACGAGGACGAACCGCGCGGGAACCGUCAUCUCUUGCGGAACCGAUUCGGCAUUGCGUUCCAGGAAGUUGUUCAGGAAACCAACACGCGGGUCCGGAUCGACAGCUUUGAACACUGCGUGGUCGAAGUGCAAAAGGAGGAUCUGGGUGGAUUCCUGGAGGCGCUCAGUUUCCGCAGCGUCGUGGGCUGA